AUGACUCGAUUCUACCUGGCCCAUGAUGCCCCGCCCGCUUGUGCGCCGACCUCUGUCACUCCGGGCAUUCAACACCUCGUCGACAAGCAGGAACAGCCGACUUGUCGCGACCGGUCUUCUCAUUCCUCGUCCAGUGCAGACCUCGCGCCUGCAAAGGCUGCUGAACCGCUCACUCCGCCUCUCCUGCCUUGUAGCGGCGGUGUCUCCCCUUGCUCUCACUCGCGAAUACUUGGUGCUGUUUGCGCGGAGUCUCUGACUGUGACAGAACAAGUCACAACACUGAGCAUCUCGCCUGAUCUCGACGGAGGAGAUGUCGUGGACGAUGAGCCCGCCCGUUCCGCACACGAAAAUCCAGAGCAGACACCCUCCCUCGCCCCAAAAGACGCCGUCCAGCACGCUCACGGCCUUCUCAUCGACGACUACCAAUUCUCCAGGCGCGGCACAAGCGGCGCCUCGUCCUUUCUCGAGGUCAUACUGGAGGACGAACUUGGAGCCGGUGCUGGCGGAGACGUCUACACCGAUCCUUCAGGGAUGCUGGCAAUCAAGGUGAUUGUCCCACAGGGCGAUGAGAGCUUCGAGCAGUACGAGGACCGCUGGGACGAGGGAGUGCGCGAGGUGGAGGCGCUCGAGCGGUUGAAGGGGUGUUUGGCGCCGGAACUGUACGGCGUCUUUGAGCGGACGGAUGACGAGGGCUACAGGUGGGUGGUCAUUGUCUCGGAGCGGAUCCGCGGCAAGGCCUGUGGGGACAGCGAGUUCAAGAAGUAUCGCCUCGACAUCGCACACGCCCUCAUCCGCCUUCACACCUGCGGCAUCCUCCACGGCGACGUCCGACCGCAAACGUCCUGA